AUGUUGCUCGACGCGAGCGUUAAAAACAUUGUGCUACUCACCGGAGCGACUAAUUAUCUCAGUGACGGAAACCAAGUGAUCUCCGUUGAGAACGGCCACUCAUUACUGGGAGAGGUGACAGGAACUGGCUGCGCCGUCGGAAGUAUUGCAGCUAGCUUCCUGGCUGCAUAUCGCUCUGAAAAGCUACUUGCUGUGCUGUCUGGUAUAGUUAUGUACGAGAUUGCAGCUGAGAAUGCAGCAGCAAAGGAGUAUGUUCGUGGACCUGGCAGUUUUGUGCAAGCAUUUAUUGACGAACUCUAUGAUAUCCGCAUGGCGGCGGCAACUGGUAACGACAGCUGGCUCAUUGGUCGAGCCAAGAUAAGAUCGAUUGUGAUUUAG